AUUUUGUAAUGCCAAAAAAUUAUAUUCCAUCAAAUAUUUCUAAAAUGAAUCAGAGUAAAAUUGAAGGAUGUGAUCAGAAGAUGUACGGAAAAUAUGCUGUUAACAGUGAAAAAAAGACCGCAUCAAAAACUAGAACGAUCAACGAAUGCAAGGAAAAAUGCACGAGACGUCCGAGUUUGAUACCGAAAUUAUUUCGAUCUAAUCAAUAUUAUAAAACGUCCUACAGCAGUAGAAAUAGCUCCCACAUAUCUUCACCUAAAGCAGAAUUCAUCGACCGUCGUCCACAACUACAAAAAUCAAAGGAGAAAGACCACGCCCCUACUUUAACAAAAAUUUUGACCCUCGAGGAAGAACUAAAGAAAACAAUUAAAAUAUGUAAUAAAAAACACAGGUUUUCCAGCGUAACCAAAACAUCACCUACUUAUUGUGAUAGAGAUAAUCCGAUGCAGACGAUAAACAAAAUAAAAAUAUUAUUCAACAAUAUCAAACAGAUAAAAAAUACAGCAACCCUUUUAGCUGAUAAUAUCGACUUUCGAGAACAAAAAAAAUAUAUUCAGAACUUAAUACGGUGUUUCGGAGAAAUUCAAGGGAUUGUACAAACUGACGCCGAAAUUAAUUCCAACAAAACCGAUCUGGACAAUGAUUUCAAUAUGCUGGUAAUACUGGAAGUGAUAAGAGAAAUUAUUGAUAGUGUGCAUGAUACAGAGAAACCCUAAUAAAUUAGUUUUACAUGUUUAAACUGAAUUAUAAUUGAGUUAUAAUUAUGCUAAUUUUGAGUCGCUCAGCGCCAGAAUGGCCCAACU